AUGCCCGGCCACGUUGUGAAGAGCACGGGUCCCGACCCCGAUCCCACUGAAUACCUCUUCAUUUCCGCCGAGCAAAGACGCAUCGACCAGACGAAGCCUUACGACCCCAAGAAGUCCGUCUGGGCUCCUGACCAGGCGGAGGGUUUCGUCGAAGCCCAACUCCAGGGCGCUAAAGGAGAGAAGAUGCUGACCGUAAAGCUUCCAAGUGGUGAGAUAAAGGAUUUUAAGAAGGAGCUCAUCGGUCAGGUCAACCCUCCCAAGUACGAGAAGUGUGAGGAUGUGUCCAACUUGACCUUCCUUAAUGAUCCCUCAGUCUACUACGUCCUUAAGUCUCGUUACCAGGCCAAGCUCAUCUACACCUACUCCGGACUUUUCUGUAUCGUCGUUAACCCCUACAAGCGUUACCCCAUCUACACCAACCGCGCCGUCAAUAUCUACAUGGGCAAGAGGCGUAAUGAGGUUCCCCCUCAUCUCUUCGCCAUCUGCGAUGGUGCUUACCAGAACAUGAUGCAAGGUAUGCACUUAAUAGUUGAUCGUCAGAACCAAUCUAUGCUUAUCACUGGUGAGUCUGGAGCUGGAAAAACUGAGAACACAAAGAAAGUGUUGUCGUACUUCGCUAACGUUGGUGCCUCUGACAAGAAAGAAACUAAGCAGAGGCACCAACCUCCAGACUCCCACUUUUCAAAGAAAACACCCAUAUUAGAAGCUGGAGUAACGGUUACAAAGAGGUAG